CGCACUUCUGAAGAAAAGGAAGGAACAGCUCGCAUUUUUCCGACAAACAGACCGCUGAAUAACAAUAAAACUAGCAAACAUGAGGGAAAUCGUGCAUCUUCAGGCUGGUCAGUGCGGUAACCAGAUCGGAGCCAAGUUCUGGGAGGUUAUUAGUGAUGAGCAUGGCAUCGACCCAACUGGCACGUAUCACGGAGACAGUGAUCUCCAGCUCGAUAGGAUUAACGUCUACUACAACGAGGCAUCAGGUGGCAAAUAUGUGCCCCGUGCUGUGCUGGUAGACUUGGAGCCUGGUACCAUGGACUCUGUGAGGUCUGGACCUUUUGGUCAAAUAUUCAGACCAGACAACUUUGUCUUCGGUCAGAGUGGUGCUGGAAACAACUGGGCCAAAGGUCACUACACGGAGGGAGCCGAGCUUGUUGACUCUGUGCUAGAUGUGGUGCGCAAGGAGGCUGAGAGCUGUGACUGUCUGCAGGGCUUCCAGCUUACCCACUCCCUGGGUGGUGGCACUGGUUCAGGUAUGGGCACUCUGCUCAUCAGCAAGAUCCGUGAAGAAUACCCUGACCGCAUCAUGAACACGUUCAGUGUUGUGCCAUCCCCCAAAGUGUCCGACACCGUUGUAGAGCCCUACAAUGCCACAUUAUCUGUACACCAACUGGUUGAAAACACAGAUGAGACCUACUGUAUCGAUAACGAAGCUCUCUACGAUAUCUGCUUCCGCACACUGAAGCUCACAACUCCCUCAUAUGGCGAUCUCAACCACCUCGUAUCUGCCACCAUGAGCGGUGUCACCACCUGUCUCCGCUUCCCUGGUCAGCUCAACGCAGAUCUGCGCAAGCUGGCUGUUAACAUGGUGCCCUUCCCACGUCUGCACUUCUUCAUGCCCGGGUUUGCCCCCUUGACCAGCAGGGGAAGCCAGCAGUACCGAUCACUCACAGUGCCUGAGCUGACACAGCAGAUGUUUGAUGCUAAGAAUAUGAUGGCCGCCUGCGACCCACGCCAUGGCCGAUACCUCACCGUUGCUGCCAUCUUCCGUGGCCGCAUGUCCAUGAAGGAAGUUGAUGAGCAGAUGCUCAACGUGCAGAACAAGAACAGCAGCUACUUCGUUGAAUGGAUUCCCAACAAUGUCAAGACCGCCGUGUGCGACAUCCCGCCACGUGGCCUCAAGAUGGCCGCUACCUUCAUCGGCAACAGCACUGCCAUCCAGGAGCUGUUCAAGCGCAUCUCCGAGCAGUUCACUGCCAUGUUCAGGCGCAAAGCUUUCCUCCACUGGUACACCGGAGAGGGUAUGGAUGAGAUGGAGUUCACCGAAGCUGAGAGCAACAUGAAUGACCUGGUCUCCGAGUACCAGCAGUACCAGGAUGCCACAGCUGAGGAAGAGGGCGAGUUUGAAGAGGAAGGAGAGGAGGAGCUUGCAUAAAUCUUGUCUGUGUGACCUACCUGAAACCUUUCCAAACUUCUGUUUGUGUUCUGCUGUUCAUUCCUUUUCUGUACAGAAGUGUGUCAUUAAAAUUCUCUUGUUAAUGUG